AUGGACAUCCACCGCUGCCGUUUUGUUCCUUUCCCGGCGUCUCCCAUCAACGCCCUCGCCUUCUCGCACCCACUGCUGUCUGCCAAACGACAGGCUCGGCUAGCUAUCGGCAGAGCAAAUGGCGACAUAGAGAUCUGGAACCCCCUGAACGGGAAUUGGUUCCACGAGACCACGAUACAUGGCGGGCGCGACAGGAGUGUCGACGCCCUGGUCUGGGUCACAGGCGAAGAUGAGACGCUGCAAGACGGGAACGUCAUCGCAGGGAAGUCAAGACUGUUCAGUAUCGGCUACACAUCCACGGUCACCGAGUGGGACCUAGAGAAAGGAAGGGCAAAGAAACAUGCCAGCGGACAGCAUGGCGACAUAUGGUGUCUCGCCGCCCAACCUGCGCCUCUAAAGGAGUCUCACAGCCAACCCCAAAGGCUUGUGGCCGGUACCAUCGACGGUAGCAUUGUGCUGUACUCGAUCGACGACGACGACCUUCAGUUCCAACGGACACUGGUCAAGACCGCCAAGAAGAACAUCAAGAUGGUCAGCAUCGCUUUUCAGUCCCGACAGGUAGCCGUCAUCGGCUGUUCAGACAGCUCCAUCCGCGUAUACGACCUGAGGAGAGGAGAGCUCCUGCGCAAGAUGACGUUGGGUAAGGAUCUUAUUGGCGGUUCUAAGGACAUCAUCGUCUGGUCCGUCAAGUGUCUGAAAAACGGCGACAUUGUUUCCGGAGACUCGACUGGCCAGAUCUGCAUCUGGGACGGCAAGACUUAUACACAAGCGCAGAGGAUCCAGGGCCACAAGUCCGACGUUCUGAGUCUUGCCACUGCUGUGGAUGGGCAGACCAUCGUCAGUGGCGGCAUGGACCGGCGAACAGCGCUGUACCGUCCCAUGAAGAGCGAUCCUUCUCGCUGGCAAAGGGUUUUCUACAGGAAAUACCACGAUCACGAUGUCAAGGCCAUGGCCUCUUUUGAGGGUCUGGGUAUGAGUGUCGUCGUGACUGCAGGUCCGGAUGCCACUCCUGUCGUCAGUCCUCUGCGCCAGUCCGGAGUAGAGAAUCACCGAACACUCUCGCACCUACCCCAAUCUGUCCCGUUGCAAAGUGCGCCUCAAGCCCGCGUGAUCGUUAGCUGGUGGGGCCGAGAAAUCCAUAUCUGGAAAAUGCGACUGUCGAUGCAAGAGCUUCUUGACAGCGACGAUGUCGAACAGAGCAAAAAGAAAAAUCGUCCGCGGCUUGGCCGAAUCUUCAUUAAGGGAGAGUCGAACAUUACUUCAUGUUCCAUCAGCAGAGAUGGCUCGAUCCUUGUCGUAUCAACAGCCACAGCCGUCAAGGCAUUUCACCUCACAAUUCCCAGCGACGACCAGAAGCAAGAAUUGAAGAUCCGCAAGCUUGAGGUUCCAUCCACCAUCGAAAGCGCAGGGGCCACAAUAGUUCAAAUCUCUCCGAAUGGGCGAUGGUUAGGCUGGAUCCAGGAGGGAAGUCAGGUCCGCAUCGCGAAGAUAACACGGGAGGACUCGGGGAUUUCGAUACAGCCACGCCCUGCAAAGCUGACCCGAUUGCGAAGGAACAUUCCCAAGCACGUACGGUUAGGCGGCCUGGGCAAUUACGAAAGACGCGUAACGCAUAUUACAUUCUCGCCAGACAGCAGUAUUCUCGCCACCGCUGACUUGGCAGGGUACGUCGACACUUGGAUACUGCAUGACGGUGGCGUGCAGAAUGGCGCAGCAUCAGCAGAAGACGAUGCCGCGUCCUCUUCAGACUCGAGCGAUUCGUCAGGCGAUGAGGAUGCAUCAGAAUCUGGUCCUACCUGGAUUCGUAAUCCUAAAGCACCACUCUUUCCAAAACUGUCACAGGCGCCAGUAGCACUGUCUUUCUCUGACGACGCCCUCGGGCCGAAACUCCGGAACGAAGGCGAGGAAGGAUCAGACAGCUACGUCCUCUUGGCUGUCACGGCAGCCUCGCGCAUCUACACAUUCAAUCCCUUGGAGGGGUCUUUGACCAAGUGGUCACGGAGGAAUCCCGUAUGGAAGCUGCCUGAGGAGAUUCGUGCCACCCGAGACCUGAUCAAGGGUGUCGUGUGGUCAGGCUCCAGAAUUUGGAUGUACGGUUCUUCAUUCGUCUUCAUGCUUGAUAUCUCGCACGACGUCACAGAGCAGGAGUCGGGAUCCUCGAAGAAAAAUCGGAAGCGCAAGCGUGGAGCCGACAGUGGCGCGGGAAGUAAGACGGAGACUGGCGCACUCGCACCACAACGAGUACGCAUGUCACUUGCAGAAGCUGGCAAGACAGGCGAGUGGGUAGAUGUGGAGAUGGCAGACGCCGAGCCAGGCAGAUGGAACCGUGUGGACGAUCAGAGGGCGAGGAAGAUGCGCCCCGGCGCGGGGGAGCAGCGCAAGAAGUGGUGGCAUACUUUCAAGUACCGGCCGAUACUUGGUGUUGUGCCGCUGGAGGGCGGAGACGGAAAUGGCAAGACAAAUGGCGUCAAUGGCAGCAGCAAGAAGGCGGCCAUAGAGAUACCACCGAUCGAGGUUGCGCUGGUUGAGCGGCCAAAGUGGGAUGUUGAUGCGCCCACUCGCUACGUGGAGGAUUAA